UCAUGGCUGACUCCGAAGCAGAUGAGCCCUCCUCCAGGUCAGAGAGUCCUGAGCCGGAGGGCAGGGGCUCUGAGGACAGAACUCUGCUCCAUCAGAGGCUGGCCAUCAGAGAGCUCAUUGACACAGAGUUGUCCUACUUGCACAUGCUCCGACUCUGCGCCUCUGACAUCAGGAACCACCUACAGCAGCUGCCACCAGGAGAUCUGGAUGUCCUGUUCUCAAACAUUGAUGACAUCAUCCAAGUGAGCAGCAGAUUCCUUCAGGGGCUGCAGGAGACAGCCUGCAAGGAAGAGGACCAGGCGUACCUGAUUGGUAACUUGUUCCUGGCAUUCCAAGAGGAGUUUGAACAAGUCUACAAAGUCUACUGUGCCAACUACGACCAGGCCCUGCUGCUGGUCAAGGCGUACCGGGAGGAGCCGGAAUUGCAGAAGAUGAUCCAGAGCAUCAUUGAAGCAGCAGUGCCGCAAGCUGGACCUUCAGGUCUCAGUUUCUUACUUGUAAUUCCUCUGCAGAGGAUUACCAAGUACCCCCUCCUGCUGCAGAAAAUCCUGGAGAACACACCUAUGGAUGCCAGUGCCCACCCUGUCCUUCAGAGAGCUACUUCUGCCCUCCAGGAUGUGAACAGCAAUAUCAAUGAAUACAAGAUGCGCAAGGAAGUGGCUUUAAAGUAUACCAAGGUGGAGCAGCUGAGCCUCCGGGAGCGGCUGGCCCGAAUCAACACACACACUCUUUCCAAGAAGACCACCAGACUGAGCCAGCUGCUGAAGCAGGAGGCGGGGCUGGUAGCCAGGACAGAGGACAAGGAAUUCGAUGACUUAGAGGAGAGAUUCCAGUGGGUGUCUCUGUGUGUGACGGAGCUGAAGAGCAAUGUGACUGCCUACAUGGAUAAUCUAGAGGCUUUUCUCAGCUUCCGGCCACACGAAAGGAGUCUGGACAUCCCCAGAGGACCUGCGGAGCAAUACUGCAGCCUAGCAAGGGACCUUCAGCUGGGGGCUUUCCUGCAGUUUAAGCAGCGACUGAAAGGCUUGGUGUGGCAACCACUGUGCAGCCUGGCCAGAGCCCUGGCUGGCCCUCAGAACUUGAUCAAGAAGCGUCUGGACAAAGUGUUGGACUUUGAGCGAGUGGAAGAGAAACUGUUGGAUGUGGGCAGUGUGACCUAUGAGGAGCAGGCGGCCCGGCACACGUACCAGGCACUCAACUCCUUGCUAGUGGCUGAGCUCCCACGGUUUAACCAACUAGUCAUGCAGUGGCUGAGCCAGAUCCUGUGCACAUUCGUGGUCCUCCAGAAGGACCUGGCUGAUCAGGUGCUACAAAGGGCAGAGAGCAGCAUGGCCCUGCUGCCUCACCACCAUGUCUCGGAGCCGGACUUCCAGAAGCUGCUGGAGGACUCGCUAGGCCAGACCAGCAGCCAGCUCCGCCUCUUUCAAGAGAACUUCGAGAAGGUGCUGCCGCCCCCCACCACUCAGCCACUCCUCCCAGGCUCUGAACACCAGUUUCAGGCUCUCCUGACCAGAUACGGCCCCGGGAAGCUAUACCAGGUGACGAGCAACAUCAGUGGAACUGCGACUCUGGACCUGACGCUGCCACGGGGCCACAUCGUUGCCCUUCUACAAAACAAGGAUACCAAAGGCAACCACAGUCGCUGGCUGGUGGAUUCAGGGGGUCAUCGGGGGUACGUUCCAGCAGGAAAACUUCAGCCAUACCACCAUGUCAUUCCCAGUGAGAAGGAGCCCAGGGGCCAGACAGACAUACAUGAGGACCACUGGCUUCCAACUGCAGAGCCCACCCAACCCUCUGUCCCCACUGUCCCAGUCACAACCCAGGUGGUGGCAGCGUACCCUUUUGUGGCCAGAAGCACCCACGAACUGAGCCUACAGGCAGGCCAGCCUGUAACCAUCCUAGAAGCCCGGGACAAGAAGGGGAACCCAGAAUGGAGCCUGGUGGAAGCGAAUGGACAGAGGGGAUAUGUGCCUUCCAACUUUCUGGCCAGGACCCCGAGCCCAACUCCCUGGGGCUGGAGUCUGCCCUCCUAGCAUGCCCUCUUUGGCCCCGUCCCCCAUUCCCGACGAAAGGGAGAGGCGUCAAGGCUGGGUGACCUAGCGGGCAUGACGCAAAGCACGGUGGGAAUGGGAGAGGCGAGAAGGGCAUUGAGAAGGCAGCAGGAAGUGGUGACUGGGCCUUACAGAAUGUCUGGUGUGGGUGGCCACAGUGGGUGGUGCCAGCAUUACCCUGUCUACACAAGGAAGCAAUCUGUCUCAAUGCCACCGCCGAUUAGCUAGGGCUUGCCACAGCUCAAAGCUGGCCCCACCUGUGCCUGUCACCCCCUGUAUGUCUAAGAUGAAUGUCGCCCGCGUGUCAGGUCGUUGCAGGUCGGGGCAUCCCUGAAGAAGAGCUGCCUGGCCCGGUGGCACGCUUCCCACAGCUCUGCCGGGAGCCGCCAUUGCUCGCUGGUCACCUCUUCUUUCUUGGUGCCUUGACUUGAGCUGCUGCAGCCAGCGAACUGUGGAGAAUCCUGCUCAGUGGGAAGCCCUGGGCCCAGGCGAUCGAUCUCCGCCGGUUCUAGGAAUGGGUAUGACCUAUGCACAGUUCCGGAAUGUGUGUACAAACCCAGAGGCGGUUCCAGGGAAGAGGGGGGUUUGAGAUGGAUUAGCGUGCUGUGUGAGGCAAUGGUGUAUUCUACUGCUGUUUCCUUGGGACUGGGAGAAAAAGGGACUUGGCAGUCACUCAUGGAGGAAGCCCUGUGACAUAGGUGACUACUGGCCUGUUGGGUUGGGUAGGUGAGGAAUAGAUUGGUUUUCCAGUUCUGGAUUGAAGGGGGAGGGGGCGGGGAGCCCAGGUGGCCUAGGUUUGCCUCUGAGGCUCUGGAGGCAGCAGAGGGCUGAGGUUAGUGGAUGCAGGGCCUUAGACAUAGGAGGUAACUGCAGUUUUCCACCUAGAAAGAACUAAGUCACAGGAUACAGUAAGGAUGGCACGAGGCUGAGGAUGCGGAGGCCCCUUGUCAACCAGGAAGUGUGACACCAAUACCAAUAUGGUUAGCAGUGUCAGGAUGGCCCGGCCAUUGGCUGGCCUGGGUUAGCAGAGUGGAGCAGUCAGGUUGCCCCCUCUCACGUCUAUGACAACAGUGCCCUUUCUCUUCACCCCAGGCUCUGUCUCAGGUCCAGUCGGCAUGAAUGAACACUUUGAGACAUGCCCUGUGAGGGGAUUUUGUUUCUGUGAACAUCAUGGAGUGUGCGAGCUAACAAAUUUAUGACAUCACUAGGUGAUAUGAUCUCAUGGGACCAUGACAAACACACAGCCAUUGUCUGUAGCUGGCUGUCGCCUGGCACACGACAGGACUACAGUCUAGGUAGCUCUAGUCCCAGUGCCGAGUACGUGGUGAGCAAGGCAUUUCUCAAAUCUGGAAACAGAAGCCCCGCAAAAAAGGAGAUCCUGUUCCAGGAUGGCGGACCCACUAGGGCCGUGUUGGGUGUAGUCACUACUGGGCAAUGUCCCUAGGCUGUUGCAUUAGGCCAAGAGUCGUUGGAAGAUCCCAAGACAGACAGACAGAGAGAGAGAGAGAGAGAGAGAGAGAGAGAGAGAGAGAGAGAGAGAGAGAGAGGGAGAGGGAG